AUGGAGACCGAAUCUGACCUGAGAAAACGAAUACGUGUUCACUUAUUAAACGCACAUGGUUUAGAUGAAGCUGGAAUUGACGGUGGAGGAAUAUUCAGAGAAUUUCUUAAUGAACUACUCAAGACUGGGUUUAACCCAAACCAGGGAUUUUUUAAAACGACAAAUGAAGGGCUUCUGUAUCCAAAUCCUGCAGCAAAAAUGUUGGUUGGCGAUCUCUUCACCAGACAUUACUACUUUCUAGGAAGAAUGUUGGGAAAGGCCCUUUAUGAAAACAUGUUGGUUGAACUUCCUUUCGCCAGUUUCUUUUUGUCCAAGCUUUUGGGCACGAGUGCAGAUGUUGACAUUCAUCAUCUUGCGUCGUUGGAUCCUGAAAUGUACAAAAACCUGCUUUUCUUAAAGAGCUAUGAAGGGGAUGUGGAGGAACUUGGACUCAAUUUCACAGUGGUGAACAAUGAGCUUGGAGAAGCACAGGUGGUUGAACUGAAGCUGGGUGGAAAGGAUAUUCCCGUAACCAGUGCUAACAGAAUAGCUUACAUCCAUCUUGUUGCGGACUACAGGCUCAACAAACAGAUCCGACCACACUGUCUUGCAUUCCGACAGGGGGUUGCUAAUGUUGUGAACCUAGAAUGGCUGAGGAUGUUUGACCAACAAGAGCUUCAGGUUUUAAUAUCUGGAGCACAAAUACCAAUAGAUCUGGAGGAUCUGAAAAACUUCACAAACUACUCAGAUGAGACAAAGCUGGGUGGAUAG